AUGGAAUAUAACUGCAAUGCUAAAGAUGGAGCAUUUCAAACCGGCUAUCAAGAAAUAGAGGGGAUCAACAUGGGGUUCUUGAGAAUCAACGGGAGGCAGAUGUUCGCUCUGGCGCAGGUUUUCAGUGACUUGUUUAAGGAUAUUCCCAGGACUACAGUCAACAAAAGAAUGGAGGUUUUAAACAUUCGUAGCCGGCGCUGUGACAUUCAAGAGCUCCGGACCCUAAAGGCCAUUCAUUCAGUCCCGGUGCGAGCUGUGAAAUGCUCCCUGAUUACCAAAGAAGACCUGGAGGCUUUGUGCGUAGCCUGCCAGUCCCUGAGCCCAAAGAAAAGGAGAAAGAAAAGAAAAUGCAAAAAAACGGAGACGGAAAACGACAUUUCGCCGGACGCGCUUUGUACCAGGAUUUGCAAAAAAAAACAUAGUGUUGCCAAGACGCUGCUUGCCAAAGACACUGCUGGGCUGACUGUCGCCGGAGCCGCACAGCGAGCACGGCGGCUGCUGCAAGUGCCCCACUCGAAACCAGCUCAAAAUUUCUCCAAAUCUAAAAACACCAGGAGCAGUCUGCUGCUGGGACCCGUUAGGAAAGACCUCCGAAACUAUGAAAAAGUCGCUAAAGGACGAAACUGUUACAGUUUGAAAGGGGUAAAUGGGAUUCUUCCACAAGCCUUUGUGGGCACCUACCCGAAUAAGACGCUCCACUCCGCCAUUGCAACAAACGACUGUAGCAAGACCAGCCUUCCGCUGUGCUUAAAGGGGAAAGACCCAUGUUACAGCCGCUAUGAGGAGUACUCAAACGGGUGUGUGAAAAAACACAAUUCGCCAGCGCUGCUGGUGGGCAAUAAAACCUUGAAUUUUGCAUCAAAGAAAGGGAACAUCGGCGCUGUGAGUGCGGGUGGGUUAAAGAAAGCGCACUGCACUCAGGGUACAUCUGCGGGAUAUUCCAGCGAUUCCGAGUCCAGUUUAGAUUUUGAAAAGGAUUCCGAUUUCGGCUCCAGCUUCCAGUCUACCUCCACGGACUCUUCAGACGAAGACGGGAGAUCCGCCCUGUCGUCCAGCAGCGAGGAGGGCAGCUCGUCCGAAUCCGACUCGAGCUCGGUCUGCAGCGGGGACUCUGUGCAGAGCACCCGCUAUCGACAAGCCGCCUUGCCGACCCCCAUCUCCAGGUUUCCGCUUCCCUCUGGCAGGGACGCAGCACGGUUGCCGGAAGAGGCUGCGGUUGCAACUUGCAAGAUCCCUGCAAAGAGGUUCACAUCCACUGAACCCCCCCUAAAAAUAAAAACCGAGCCCCUUUGCCUUGACCCUGGCUUUCUUUUACUAGAGCAGCACGGGCGGCGUUGGGCCACUCACACCCCCACUGCCACCACGCUCAAACCCCCUGCCUUUAAUUGUUUGAAGGAAACAAUAAAAACCGAACCAAGCUGGGCUGUUACGACUGGAUCGUGUUUAACAGCAGAAACUGAAAAAAUACGAGAGCAUGCGACAGCGUUCAUUGGUGACCGUGCAAAACAAGGGGGCCUACAGCGUCGCCCUCAGCGGCUCAUAGAAUCUCCACAACAAAAGGCCCCUUCUUUAGAUCCCGAGGGAGGCUUUGAGGCUGCUCUUCCACCUCUCAAAAAGGGGAACUAUUUGCACAAAGGUGCACCAGACAAUGUGACCUCGUUAAGCAUCGGUGACCAAGCAGAGAGCCAAAUUAAAGACUUAUCCUCGGAAUCUGCUUUCCAGAACGCAGCUUCGUGCAGCAGCGGGGCCCCCAUUCAAACGGCUGUCCAAAACUUCACGGGAACUGACCGCAUUUGCAUUGUCGCUGAUCCCGUGGGGGACAUCAAAGAGCAACGCAAGGAUAAGUUCGAGAGGCUUAUUAGGACGUCUAAAUUGUGGUGCUACGCCAAAGGGUUUAAUUUCGACGGCAAUAACGUGGGUUACGCAACAGCCGCUGCUUAUGAAGCCGCUGCAAGGCUUUUCAAGAGGAUUGGAACGAUCCCUGCUCGUUCUGGUUCUAGAACUGAGAGCUCCGUCUGGAAUACCGUAUGGAAACAGCAUGAGGGAGAUGCCUGCUAUGGGAUUGUCCAAGUCCCCACCGGACCUUGGUUUUGCCGGAAAUGUGAAUCCCAGGAGAGAGCUGCCAGGGUGAGAUGUGAGCUGUGCCCUCACAAAGAUGGCGCUCUGAAGAGGACAGAUAAUGGAGGUUGGGCCCACGUUGUUUGUGCCCUUUACAUCCCCGAGGUCCAGUUUGCCAACGUGCUCACCAUGGAGCCCAUAGUCCUCCAGUACGUCCCCCACGAUCGCUAUAACAAGACAUGCUACAUCUGUGAGGACCACGGUCGAGAGAGCAGGGCUGCGUCGGGGGCCUGCAUGACGUGUAACCGGCAGGGCUGUCGACAAGCCUUCCACGUCACGUGUGCGCAGAUGGCUGGCUUGCUCUGCGAGGAGGAGGGCCUAGAAGCUGACAACGUCAAAUACUGUGGCUACUGCAAAUACCACUAUAAUAAAAUGAAGAAGCCCCGCCCGGUGGGGGGGGGCAGUGGUCCUGGAGGGGGUUCGUUUUGCCACACAAGGAGGAGCACCCCCGCCUCCCCGCCCCAGGAGAAGCACAGCUCCCACCAGGACAAGCCCAGAAAGAACCACAAGGACAAGGCCCGGCAGAAGGAGAAGCACAAGAAACUGCCAGAUGGUCUGACCACCCUGGUACCUCCCGUGUCCAGCAGCACUGACAAGGUCGCCUCCAGCCACCAUGUGAGCCCCAAGGAGAGUGCGGAGGUCAGCAGGUCAGAGGUCAAGGGGAAGAAGACUCUGAGUAAUGCCAUUGGGCACCACGGCAGGAAGCUGGGCAGUAGGAGGAGCUCCUCCAGUCCGUUCCAGCAAGGGACCUCCGUGCAGCAGGAAUAUCUGCACUUCUCAUCCAAACUAGAACAGCACAGGGACGAGGAGGAGGAGGAGGAAGAGAAAGAGAAGAGGUACCUGAAACCUCCACUCCUGCCUGCGCAACCCGCUUUCCCUCCACCCCCACCCCUCACUCCUCCCUCCCCAUCACCCGAGUCGCCACGGGGCUCCCCCCCCUACGAGUCCCAGCCGGGGGGCAACAGCUUCGAACCCAAGGUCACCAUCUCCACCUUCGGCUCCAUCAUGCGCUUCACCACCUCGUCAGGCCCUCCGCGGCCCAGCGACGCCCCCCAGGGGGAUUGCAAUAGGCAGCCCCCCAAAGAGGGCCCCCGGGAGCCUGCCGUGAAGGAGAAGAAGCACCGGGGCAAUAAGAGGAGCAAGCACGGCCCCGGCCGGCCCCGGGGCAGCAAGAACAAGGACAGCGGCCCCCCUCUCUCAAGCUCAUCAGGCCUGGGGCCCCCUCCCAUCCCCAGGAUGGCCCUGUCCAGCAGCAGCUUCCCCAGCUCCUGCCGCUCCUACAGCCUCAGCACUGACUGCCCCCUGCUGGGCUCCGGAAUCUACACGAGUAACAAGGACCCCAUCUCCCUGGGUGGCGGGGGCUUGGGGGCAGUCUGCAGCACCCCACUGUCCUCCAGCCUCCUGGGCCACCAGGGGGUGCCGUCCCUGCCCCAGCUCAGCCGCUCCUCUCUGCCAGGCACCAUCUCCACCCCCACCACGGCCUCCGCCACACAGGUGUUCUCUUUACCUGGCUCCUCCUACAGCCUCACUUCCGCCCACAUCUUUGGAAGUUCAUCAGCCUCCGGUCCGUCCAUCAACCAGCUCAUCAGCCAAUCAGAAAACAGCCUGCCAGAGCUUGAUUUGGAGGACUGUCGCUUCCCCUGUAGAGACAGAUCCCCGCAGGACAGCUCCUCCUCACUGUCUCCGAUGAGCAGUCUUCCCCUCCUGUUUGAUCAGCGGGAGAGGGGAGGGUGUCGGGGGAAUGCCCCUGCCACCACCUCCCAAAUCGACCAGCUUCUGCACAAGCACAGCAGCGGGCAGACGGAUGUCAACAUUGUGGAGAUGCUCAAGUCCCUGCACUCCUUGCAGCAGGAGAACCAGCGGCUGCAAGACCAGAUUAUCAACCUGACCGCCAAGAAGGAGAGUCUGCAGGUCCUGAAUGUGCAGCUGGCUGUUCCCUUCCCUCCCGUGCCCUCCAGCCUGCCCCUCCUGCCCCCCUCCUCCUCCUCCUCACAGCUGCACUACCACCCUGCACGCAGUGUCUGCAGCCCAGACCCCUUCAACAUCAGUAAAAGCGCCCCCAGCAAGACCAGUUUCCUGAUGGAGAACUCCCUGUCUGGCUCCUCUGAGGACCAGCAUUCUGGCUGCCCCAGUCGCAGUAGCUCCUCCCUCUCUUUCCAAAGCACCCCGCCCCCUCAUCAGAGCCCCGCCUCCCUGUCGCAGCCAUUGGUCAACGGCCUGGCGAGGGGGAUCAGUGGGGCAUUGGGGGGAGGGGAUCAGUUAGCUAGCCCCGCCCUGCCCAUGGUGGGUGGACUGAUGAGGAACCUGAGCAGCAGCCCACAGAUGCCCAUGAAUGGGAUUAUGGGAAAUCUGAGUGGGGUCAUCCAGACGCCAGCCACAGCAGCGCCACAGACCCACAGCCUGGCACAGCAGAACAUGCAGCUGGCCAACAACCUUAACAGUAUCACAGACCAGGAGAGGCAGUUCCUCCUCCAGCAGCAGCAGCUGCACCAGCUCCUCACCUCCCAGCACUUCACGCCGAUGCUACAGCAGCAGCAGCGUCAGCGGGAGAUCCAGAGACUGCACCUGCCCUCCAGCCCCGGCGCGAUGAUGUCAUCCCCAGCCCCGCCCCCCCUCCUGACAGGAAACUCCCCGCUCGUGACGUCAUUGCCCACCCUCCUCCCCCCCGGCAAGAGCCUGCUGACCCCAGCGAUGGCCUCGCCCGUGCUCAGUGGCCAGGGAAACCCCUUCCUGGGCCUGCAGCAAGAUGGGAGCAUGCAGAAAAGCGGGAGAGGGGAUGACAAAGGAGGGCCACUGAACCAGGAGAAAAGCUGACACUGGUGCCUAGAGGUCAAGAGGUCGUAGGCCAAGGGUGAAAGUUUACAGCAGCAGGUCUUGGAGACCUGUCAGUUUGAAGUCUGUACUUCCUACAGUAUGUCCAGUUAUGCUGGAACUGCUCCAGACCAGUGGGGUUAAAUCCUGUUGGUUGCAGCGCACCCUCAGAGGGGUCAAAAUGGGAGUUUGUGAUGAUAUGAUAUUCUGGUGUGGGUAACUGUAGACAGAUAAUAAAAAGCAAAGCGAGACUUCCAAGUACUCUGCAUGAAUUCAGUAGGGCUGCAACUCUGGGUUUAAAUGUUUUUUUUUUUUCUGUUCUUGUAAUUUUAAUCUGGAAUACGCAAAGCCUUAAAUACAGUAAAUCCGUGACUUACAGAACUUUUAUUUUUUUUGAUUGAUUCAUUUAAACAAGAAAUUUGAUGACAGCCACGGACGUAAAUACAAAGUUAGAUAAUCUGCAAAAAAUGUAAGUGUGACAGACAGACAGCUGCCUCUUUAUAACUUUCCAUGUGCGCCCCAGAGCUUGUGCUAGAAGGUCCGUAGACAGUUUAACCAGUACUGGACAAGCUGCUGUAGAUAUACCAACACCAAACCCCUUCACCUGGCGACAUGCAGCUGCACUGGGGAUAAUCACAUUUAAAACCCUCAGAACUUCAUUUAAAUACCUCCGUAGCUUUGUGAAUAGGGGGAGCAGAGAGUUUGAUCUGACUCUGACCUCUGACAGUUUGAAUCCAGCACCUUUUCUAGAGCAUUGAAUGCAUUCAGGUUUUGGGGGGUGGGGGGGAGUCAUUUGUCUUGAAUUAGCACUUGUUUUAGACUGUCGCCACCAAUCGACGUCAGUUCACGAAAUGUUCGGCAUGUGAAUGCGGUGUUGGAUUUGCAUUUCAAUUACAGAGAGCCCAGUUGUUGCUCUUGUGUAUUUUGACCUCCAGUGCAGCCUAGCACAGCAGUCAAGUCGUUUUACUUGACUGCCAUUGCCACACACGUUCACUUUUAAAUACAAAUUUUCACUUCUAAGUACAAAUCGAAGCACCUUAAAUGCAUUGCUUCUCAAGAAGUGUUGUGUGCACCGAUGAGGGGAAGUUACUGCAUCAGUUUAAAUGGGUACAGUGUAGGGCUUCUCCAUGCUUCCUUAAAUCAUGAACUGAUCUAGGAGGAGGCUGAAUUGGGUCAGUUUAUUAGUUUUGGGUCCUGAUCAUGACAGACCUGUGAUUAAGGGGUUUAAGGGUUAUUAAAGCCUGUGUAGGAGAAUAUUUGUA